AUGGAGAAAAUCAUAAACGGAAUUUUAAAAUUUCGAACGGAUAAACGUGCGUCUGUUCUCGAGAAAUUGGCCUUUUUUAAACGCACAAAACAUGUAUGUAAUGAAGAAAAAUUAUAAUUCUGUAUUUUUCGCAUUUUUAACUGACUAUGUUCUUCCCCUGUUAUCAGUUACAUUAGAAAACAUGUGCGCGUUUUUGUCGUUUCGAUUCCUGACGUAGGGGAGCAAAAUUUUAAGCGUUUUAAGGUUCUGCUCAGUAUGCAGUGAUUUUUAUGGAAAUCAGAUAAAUAACGUCCAUUUAUCUCAGAAUAGACAAUUGAGGGUGCUUCUAUGAUCAUAUUCUUUAUAUCUCCAAUAUUUUUCCUAAGGUGAUACGUUGCCUCGUUUGCUCUUUUUCAUCCCUUUCACCCCAGCCUUGUCAGGUAUAUUCUAUUUAAUUUGUCACCCUAUUUCAUUACAUGCUCUUGUCCCGUUCUCUGACUAUUCCCCGACACCGCUUACCUGUCUUUAUGAUAAGUGGCCUAUUUUUGAAUCGAAAUAAUUAAUUUACGAAUAACGUCCUGCCGCAUUACUAACCGUACAUCGAUUUAACUCGGUCAACAUUGACGGAGAAGGGUCAUCUAAGUGGGGAUAGGCCUAAAGUCAUGGAUGUGUUCCCAGUCCACCUUGAGUAUUUUUGCUUUGAGGGAAGGCAACUCUUCCGUAUUCUUAGGUUAUGGAUUUUGGAAGUUAUCGUUGGGCAUUUGCAUCCAGGUUAAGGGAUGUGUAUAGUCAUAAAAUUCGGAGGGAUGGGAUCCAUUUAUUUCAACCUUUGAUAUUUUACUCGAUCAUUCUUUACUAAGGUGGCGUAGACGAUCUAACAAAAUGACUUAGUAUAAGCAUCUUUACGGAGAUGUUCGUAUAAAUCAUUAAAUAGUAGGCUUGGCCGUUUAUCGUUUCGGGCACUACACGCUUCAUAUCUAAGCGAUUUUAUAUAUAAAUAUCCUGGUUAUAAUUUCCAACUAUAAACCUAUAUAAGGAAAACCUAUUAUGAUAAGAAAAGUGCCCUACAUUCCGCUUACAAUUGCUUCCAAGUGAACUUUCAUUUUAGCCAAAUGCAAUUGUUAUCUCCUGUAUGGAUGCCCGUGUUUAUCCGACACGAUUUACGGCUUCGGAAUCCGGAGAUUUGUACACAGUUCGAAAUGCUGGGAACUUCAUACCUCACGCACAGGAGUUUGCUGACAGAAAAUUGCCCAUUUCUAACGAGCCUGGUGCCCUAGAACUUGCCUGUUGUCGUUCUGGAGUUAAAGAUAUUAUUAUAUGCGGCCACUCGGACUGUAAGGUGAGAGACGGCUUGCUUAUGUCUGAAAAAUAUGUCCUUAAAUUUUCAAUUCCUUUUUCUAUUCAGAAUUUUACGCAACAAAUAGUGAACGAUGAUUUACUUUUAUUUUCUACUUAUACAAGUUUUGUAUAGGCGGAUAGUUAAUCUGCAACCCACACCCACCUGCGUUUUUAUAAUAAACGACUCUUGUCAGUUAUUCGGCAAAAAAUUGAGCCCAGAUAUUGUUUGCCUGCGCAGUUUUAUUCUCGGCAGACAAGUCUUUUUACUCCAAAACAUACAAGCGUAAAACGACUGAAUUUACGAUAGAAUUGGGCAGCCCAGACAGAAGCCUUAUCCGGCUGCAAUGAUUACAUCUAAAAAGGAUACAGUAUCAGAUAGUUAUCAUUAAAGUCCCUAGUUUAUGAAUUCAUCCAGCGGCUAUAUGCUGACUUGAUAUAACUAUCUGCAAACUGAACGGAAGCUAGACCCUAGACAAUUUUGAUAAGCGGUGUCAAGGCGGAUUAAGGGUGACCUAAAACGAUUACUGGGUCAAAACGACAAUAACCGUGAUGUUGGCCUCCAAAACCGAAUGACUUUUGAACAAUGAAAUAUUUGCUAAUUUCGUAGCCGAUUGUCUGCACCGAAAAUCUACGUUUGCAUAGGUAUUUUUGUCGCUGCAUGACCGUUGCAAGAGAUUCGCUCACCAGUAUGUCGCCUAGGGUUCUCUGUGUGUUUUUUUGGUGAACACUCCAGCUUAAAAACCGAAAUCUUUUAAUUUCUCAAGAAAUAAAUCGUAAACAUUAAGUAAAUCAGUUUAUUUGAGACGUAAAAACAAACUGAAAUUUUAUAUGAGUAUUUUGACUGAAGUCCAUCAGCCACUGUGAAUAACCGUGUAAUAAUCAUAAACUGCCUAACGAGUAACCAGUAGUGUACGCACGACCGAAGGCAAAUGCCGUCGCGAGAUCCCUUAUAGCCUUGGGACUGAUUGGUUACCCGCGUUUUCUGAGGACAUUAACCUCAAAAGCAACACAAGUUUACGUAACAACAAGACUCUUGGAGCGAAGACCUUCACGUCUAAAAAUUUCAGAUCAUAAGUUUAGGAGGUACGUCAAUUUAUCUGAAGGAGCCCUGAUCGUUUCUCCGCGUCUUUGUUUGACAAGACGGUGGAAUGUGAGAAAUAUCACGACACAGGUCGUUUUAAACCAGCUUGGACACAUUGGUCAAUUUCAAAAAUUGAGAAACGUUUCUGAAAUCUGCCACUACUGCUAUUUGUGUUUGCGCUCUGCUGUAGUGCUAAUUUUUGGACAAAUGACAACGAUAAUGUACUCCUCUGGUUAGGCUUUCAGAAAGGCCAAACUCGCAGCAGGACAUCAACCAGUCGAUAUUUUGUGUCUCGGCCAAUAAAUUGCCACAUCUAUCAGCUUACGAAUCAGUACUGUGAAGCCCAAAUGAUGUUUAGCUUCUUUUUAGAUGACUGGCUGACAGAUUAAAAGAGAGGACAGUUUCACACAUCGGAUGUCAGGUAGCUGCCGUAAGUUGGAGUCACAGGUGUUCUUUGGGAAAAGGAAUUUUAUUGAGUAAAUUUCCGACGCCGGUUCCCCAGGUCGUCGUCAGACGCAGACGGAGAGCAAAUGUGUCGACAACAGUUAAUAUCGGGCAGUACACUUGAAAGUCGACAAUUAUUCGGCGCUUGCGCCCGCGAGCGACCGCUAUCUGCGUCAUUCUUUUCUGAAUGGCUCUCGUCUCUUCCACAUCUUGAGAUUUUUGUUCGCGGCGUCCAACUCGAUGCACCGGUUGAUACAUGAUUUAUCCGAGUGCACGGUCUCAAGGAACUCUUGGUCUUCUUUGAAAGGGCAGACACCGACAGUCUUAAUCCUACCCCAAGCAAAGAAAUACCCGGUGUCCAGGGUGUGCAUGGCUACUCGAGACAGAUGGUCUCGCCUCUUUACCGCCAGCUUGUGUUCGCGAAUGCCUGCAGAGCCGGAUUUUUCUGUUUUACCACAGAAAACUACAUCACAGGCUCCGCAUUAAAUCUUGCAGAUGACACCCUGUUCACAUGAACAGCAUAGGAGACUAGUGUUCGACCACCGUUUUGUGAGGACAGUCUGACGUUAUAUUAAAUGAAACAGCCCGCAAUUAAGGUGGUUUGGGCACUUUAAUUGCUGCUAAAUUGGAUUUCAAAUCACUACUUAUUGCAGCAAGGAGAGCACAAAAAAACCUCUACUGGAUGACUAGACAACAUCAUUGUGUAAUUACGUAACAAGAAUAUAAUUCAGGGAUCUUUACUCAAUAUGUAGUUCCCGUGGAGAAAAGGGCUAGUGAUGUGUUUGUUUUUACGAGCUGCAUGUGUUCUACACCGGACUAGAUGCUAUGACAUUUUGUUUAAUACUGAUAAUUACUCGCGCGAUCUCAGACUUUCUCCCAACCUGUUGAAUCACUAUGGUUAUUGGUUACACCCCUCUCCACAAUGGUUCCUUUCUGCUCUGUCUGAUAUAGUCAGAAGGAGAGCAAAAUCCCGGUUGUGAAACAGAGGGUACACAACAUUUAUGGAAGUGCAGACGAAAAGGGGUUAAGGGAGAGUUAGGUUCCUUAAUUGUGAGAGAGGUUGCAAUUUGAGACAACGUGAUCGUGUUUUUCCUCAAAAAAUUCGCCCGUGGAAGUCUGACCAUAAGUUAACCAAAGCGAAAUAUGCUCUGGUCUGUUUAGGGUAACUUAAAGCAGAACAAAUUCCGGUUGUGAAACAAAAGGUAUUCAGCAUCUGCGAAAGUACGGACGUUCUGAGGCUAUGGAAAAAGAGACCCAUUGGUGACAAGAGGGCGCAGGAAAAUUUGGUUUCUCAGUCGAGAGCGAUUGCAUUCCAUUCCUUUUGGAAUGGCGCGAGAGAAAGUUUCCACAACCGAUGACGAUAAGGGAGACUGGAAUGACCGUUGCGGGCUCAUUGGCCGUCGUCAGCCAGUCAUACCGAACCCCGAGGUGUGGAACAUUUGAGGCUCAAUCCCGCGACCUGUCGGUUAGACGUUCAACGCCCCUAACCACUGAGCUACGGACUCGUUGUCUUGACGGUUAAGAUGUGGUAGAUGGGCACUCACCGAUCGCGUUACGGAACACUUUCGUCCCCUUGCGUCUUGGAGUUCUCUCUCGAGCCCCGCCAGCAGCUAUACAAUGACACGUGAUAUAGGCAAAAUGGCAUUAUCGACAGUGGUUAGGGACGUUGGACUAACCAACAGGUCGCGGGAUCGAGCCCUAGGUGCGCCACACCUCGAGAUUGGGUAUGACUGGAUGACGACGGCUUAUAAGCCAGAAAUAGCCGUUCCAGUCUCCCUUGUCUUCGUCGAACAAUGCUAUUCUGCCUAGGUCCAAAAACUGUCCACUUACUUCGGGUCUGGAUGACAUGAGAUUAGAACUCGGGUCUUUGGGCAUUAAACGACCGUCAGCCUAGUGCUCGAACGUUGAGUGAUGGGCCAUCCCAGUCUCCCUUAUUUUUUUACGUGUACUGCUAGUCACUAUGUAUCUGCCCGCGAGUGCUCGAGCUUGAGCCUAUAGGAGCAGUGAGACGAACAUGUUCCAGAACCUGAUAGGUGAUUGCAUUGUCACCACAAAUCGGCGAUAAUAUUUUUGCCUGUUUAUCCUCCAUGAAGGUGAGCAUACGCGACUCUGCAAUCCCAACACGCGACUUAUUUUUUUUUCGACGUUGUACCGUCGUUCUUAACGACUAAAUAGUGAUUACUUUUUUUCCUGAGUAAAACUAAUCAAAAUGACUCAUUUUUCAAGUUCACAUUUCUCGGCCAGGAAAAUCCCCUGGAAGAUGCUAAUUUAUAAAUGUACAAAACAAGUGAGCUGGUGCUUUUAACUGGACAACUCGACCGUUGUGCUACUUGAGACUAAGAAAUGUUCCCCAAAUCGGUUGAUAUCCUGUCUGACGUUCAGCAGAGGUGUCCCUCCCCUGUCCAUUUUGACAGUGCUCUAAGCGAUAACGCGUCUCCACUGUUUUCAUUUUUUGUGCAAAGGCAAUGAACUUGCUCAUGAAGGUUGGAGAGGAUUCCGCAAUCAAUCUCACCAGGUACUCCAGCCCGCUGGAGCGCUGGGUUGUCCAGAUGGGCAAGUCCUCCCUCGAGGCCUUCCUUCGUUCCGAUGCACUCACUAUAACCUUUGAUCUGGGCAGCGACUUUCGGCCAAUGAAUGCGACAGUCGAUGCCGAGCGUAGGUUCUCACCCGUCGAUCGUCUGUCGCAGGUAAGCCAAAGAAGUUGUUCAUUCUGUUUGCUUAUUAAAAACCAUUUUAUCGUAGACGACGGUCUACCACUUAAACAUUACAAUACUGACAACGAAGAAGGGUUUCAGCCGAUUUAGUUACGGGACAUGCUCGUCCCACCGUGUCAUAAGCUCCGAUCUAUGGUCCUCACGAAUUUGAAUCCCAGGUGGCCUAAAUUUUAGGUUGGACAUGAUUUGGACGAAGAUGACUGAUGAACCCGAAACGAUCCCCCAGUCCCUUUUUUGUUCUUGUUCCUUUCACUGCAUAUAUUACUGGUCUUUAUGCGACUGCCUGGAAGGGCUCUAGAUUGGUCAAUACAGCGGAAGAGGGAGAGCAUAUCCCGUAAUCUGAUCUGUGAUCGCGAUCUCAACAUUUCGCUAUUCUUGAUCACAAUUGAAAGGACAACGGUACCCGGGCUCAGUGCUAGAAUUUCGAACUAAGUGACGCUCGAUGAGCAGAAAACCCCAAGUUCAAAAUCCAGAUCAUCCAGACUUGGAUUAUAUACGGCUGGCUGGCGAGACCUGUCAAGCCAGAAACUGUCCCUUCAGUUUCCCCCGUCGUUUUCGGUGCCCCUUCUCAGUUAAGUACCGGGCCGUUGCACGGACUAUACUAUUCCUACUUUGAACUAACAAUGAUUGUUCUGUCUUAACCCCUCUACACUCCUCAGAUGAACCCCAUAAGACUUGAAAUGAAACUAGAGAAAUUGCUGAGGGUAAAUCGGCAGAGAGGUUUUCACUAACAAGUGUAUUGAAGGGACAACAACUGCCCGACGAUUGGAGAACCUGGUCUAGCAGCCAAGUGGUCGGGUCACAAAAUGCUGAUUUUUUCCCCAAUAUGUGGGUCGUAAAGAUUUUGGGUCAACCCAAGAAACCCUCUUGAGGCGGAAAUCCUGAUGGGAUAGGUUUUACUGCAAACAGCACAACCGUUGCGUUUUUUUCUGCAUCCUCUCUACGUAGAGAUGCGGGCCUUAUUUAUAGCGCGAAAAGGCGUCGUAGAGCUUGCCAGCCGGCUACCGUUUUGCAGACCGCCUUCAGACUGAGGCGAAGCGCUUGUGCUGCUUUUGAUUCUAGCGUUUUUCACCAUCGGCCUUACAAAAUGACGCGUGUUAGUGUCAGCGGGCAGCAGUGGAGAAAACAGCGCUCAAGUCUCGCUGAGCUUGUAUGCCGCAGAACUGUUUUGAUUCCCGUGAAGGAUCGAGACGCUCAUUUACGUGUAGGCAUGCUGAGACUAGGAGCGCUUGAGUGGUGUCUUGGCGAGGUCGGAGAUGACAGUCCAUAACAUCUAUUCUGUCUGACGUAGUUACUUUGAGUUCACAACGACUGCGACGCGAAGCUUUCAAACUUCACUUGUUCUCCCCGUCGCAGAUUAAAAAGGCCGAGAAUAUGAUUAGGUAUUCCGCCCUUAAGCAAUCAGAUGGGCAGCAUUCAAGAUGCGACCGUAUAACCAUGGGGCUUUUAACUUCAACUGGGGUCAUUUAUGAGACUCGGGAUUCGUGUGCAUUCAUUCCGAGAUUGGAUUGGUUAAUCCCUUCCAGUACUCAAAUUAGGUUCUCUUGGAUAAACGCAUGGUCCCCUACCUGGCUGCGAUUUUAAUGACCCCUUAAGAACCCAGCUAGGGAGAGGUAAGUCGGAUGAACUGAUGCCUCGAACAUGAAUUCAGAGCAUCGAAUAGCUAAGUGGACAUUGAAUGCAAAAGUUUUCUACAAUUUGCCGGCGUGUGAUUGUGCCGAAAACCUUGGUGAUGAUGAUGACGAUGAUGAUGAUGAUGGUGAUGAUGAUGAUGAUGAUGAUGAUGAUGAUGAUGAUGAUGAUGAUGAAUUUUGCUAUACAAACAAAUGCAAGGUGGUUACCGCCGGCUGCGGCAUGCCGAAUAAAGGUUCGUCGCAAAUCCGAGAUUGUCGGCUAUUUAGUGCUCGAAAUCACUUGACACACCACUCCGGGUCCGUGAGGGGGGGGCCUUCGAAAACCGCGUAUUCACUUUCUGACCUCCUACAGAUAUUCAUCUUCAUGCUGUUCUCUUACCACUGAUGAAACCCGGUUGCUGGCUGCUUUAUUGUCAACUACGGAUAAUUUGGUUAAUUUAUAAGAAUGUUUUUUUUGAAAAAAGAACUACUUGCUACCUUUAUGUAUUGCCCCUAGCUUCUUACCAUCCGGCCAAGCCGCAUUGGGACCUUUUGAGUAUUUUUUUGAAGAGGGCUUUCACAGGGGCAGCUUGUUUUCACUUACCUUCUUUCGCUUCGACAUUUAAGGGGCCAGAAAGUUUGCUUUCUCACAAACCACUUGUCAGCCGUUCCCCUUCACGUUUAUGUUGGUUUUGAUCUACAAAUUCAAGACAUAUACAUUCGGCUUCAUAUUUUUCGCUGCCCUUUAAAGGAACGACGUUCAGUUAUAAGGUUAAUCGUUUGUGCGAAAGUGGGUUGUCAGGUAUGCAAUGGGAUGCCACUGUCUCCAUCUCAGCUUGGUUGAUCCAUUAGCGAGGACCGUUCAACCAUUAGGAUCAAGCAUCUUUUUUGAGAUUGCAUAAUUCGGACGGUGGUAAGCACCAGACGUUGGUCUAUACUGACAGGCUGUGUCAUUAUUAGUCUACAAAAACACUGAUGCGAUAAAGUAUUUGUGAAGACUACUGAGGAGGAGAUCGAUUAAACCACAACAUCAUUGACUACAACUUCGCGUCACAGCCCAGGACACUUUCGUCACCCUUUCUGCGGGGCUCGUCUGUCCAACCAAACAAACAGUCCACUUCUUGACCACCUAGUUUGAGUUGGUUAGUUGUAUUGCAAAUAUAAAAAACUCACUCAUUUCUGUCAGCGGUCAAUCAACGGUAUUGCGCAGGACUCCCAACUAGCUUGAGCUAACCUGUGGUAUAUGUCGUACGUUGUACGGUUAUAGAGAGGGUUUUACGGACGAGACAACACGAAGAACGGAGAGGAAGAAGACACAGGAAAUAGAUAAAUUUCAGCGGAAGUCCUGCCGUACACUGUCAUAUGGCAAAAAAGUGAGCGCCAUAAAAAAAAAACAAACAAAAUGCGGUCUUAAAAAAAUAACAGACUUUGAAUAAAGCGCCACUGGCAAGUCUACACCUAGUCAGGAAGUGAAGUAAAUUUCAAACAAUAGGAACGGUGGAUAAUAAGUGAUGUUUACAGUCACGCUGAACGUUAAGGUUUAUUUUUGUAGUUACCAUCUACUUAUGGGUCCUACAUCCUAGCGCUUAUGUUCAAGAGAAUGAGUUUUUCGAGAUCUAAGGCCAUCCACGCCCCAAAACCAACCGACCAGUCCAUUCCCCUUAAGUGAAAAAUGUAUUUGAGCUCGCCGAAAGACGUCUGAGUAGACGUGAGAUACAGUUCGCGCACAAGCCUACAACUACUUUGUGCACCCGGCAUUGACAUCUCAAGAGCAGAGUUGGCUAGUUCAACGGGAAAAACCGGGAAAUCCCUCAAACCCGUGUAUCUGAGCGCCAGCUAGCGGUGAAGAUACGAGUUCACAUAUCUAAAGUAUUCAUGUACACAUUGGUUGUCACUACGGAUCUCUCUUAGUCGUAAUUUAAUGCCGACAAAGACAAGGUUGUUUAGAAGGCCAGUUUCCUAGCCUGUUCUCCAUCAUCAGCUCUGCCUUCCAAGUAUCAGACUUCGACAGAUCAGAAAAUAGCCUACAUAGGUUUGGUAGGUUCGGCUCAGCCAAGUACGUUUAUGGGCUGCCGCAGACGGACUGCUUUCUUCAAUCGGUUAUCUUCCACCUCGAUGCACGCAUUUGCUUCCUGCGGACGGCAACAUUACGCUUUGCAGAGAGGAACAUGCCGCACUUUGCUUUAAGUAGGUCUUCUUGUUUUAAUUAACGCCAUUAUGUCUCCCUCUUCAGGGGACUACGAUCUCCAGGUGAAUUGUGACCUGUCGUGCACCAGUCUGUUGCAUGUUCGCUUCCGCUUCAUUUGCAUGUUCUGUGCAUUCCAGAGGCAUGCUUGCCAAGCCUUUUACGCUCCCAUCCUUGCCGCAGUACGCACUCAUAAUGCCUUGUCUUUUUUAAAAGGUGAACGUUCUUCAACAGAUGGCCAACGUGUACUCGCAUCCCAUUCUUAAGGAUGCCAUUGCGCUGGGCAACGUUCGUGUGCUCGGUAUGUGGUAUAACAUCUCUACGGCGGACGUUUACCUCUACAGUUGGCUUCGUCGGAAGUUUGUCCUUGUAGACGAGUCUUCAUCACACCGUUUGCUUGAAGAGUACGGCAGCUAG